CCUCCCCAGCCCCUCCGGUCCUCAAAGGAAGUUCAGUUUUUCCUUUGGUUUUUCUCCGGGAAAAUCGUCGGUGAAGUGAGGAGCAUUGAGCUCUAUUGAGCUGUUAUUUUGAUGAUUUAAUUCGUAGUGACAAAUUGUUCGCUUUGCAAACUUGCAAAGUUCUCAGAACUGCCGAAAAAUUUGGAGAAAUUCUACGAAAAAAAUCUGAUUCAGUCGUAUUUAGUUAAUUGACCAUUGUUCUAACAAAUUCUCAUAAUAUUCAUUAUGGUCAGCUCAAUUUACGUUUCAAAGUGUAUUCAGAUUUCAAGCAAAAUUGGCUCAGCUCCCUUCUGCGUUCAAUUUUUUCUAUCGCAAUGAAUGUUGUGGCUAUACAGAAUGGACACUGAACUAUCACCGAGAUCAUUCUCCAGUUUCUCUAUGGAUGAGAAUUAGACUCAAAAGAAUCUCAUAUUUCGUAACCAAGAAUACUCAAAUUUGAACCAUGGAGGAAAAUUCUCAUAAAGCGGAGUUACUCAUACACGCCGGAUUAAUUUGCACUCGAAUUUUGUUCGCUGUUGCUCCUCAAACUGGAUACAUCCAUCCUGACGAAUAUUUCCAAUCUUUGGAAGUUGUGCUGGGAGACGUUUAUAAAAUCAAGAGAUCCAAAAUUUGGGAAUUCGAUGACGAGUAUCCGAUCAGAAACUCCUUUAUUCCAUAUUUACUGUACGGAGUGCCAUGCUACAUAAUGAAAGUUUUUCUACAAAUUUUCCAAUUUCACGGACCAGUUUCACCUUAUUUGCUAGUCAUUCCUCCCAGAAUCGUGAUGUGUAUUUUGUCUUUUUUGGUGGAUUUUUCUUUAGCCAGAAUUUGUCGAAUGUAUAAUACCGAUGUGAGUGGACGACUGGUUUUGUUAGCAUCGUCCUGUGUUAUGCUGGUUUUCGCUACGAGGACGUUUUCAAACACCGUAGAAAUGGUUUUGUUUUCCUUACUUUUAUACGUGAUUGUGAAAAAUGUCAUCGAAUCGGAAAAAGUAUUCCCUGUCGAAGAUAAAUUAAAAGCUUCUUUGGAAAACGCCUCCACCAGUCCUCGAGAUAAAGUGUUAAUUUUACGUCAAUUGAAACGUAUCUCGCAUCAUAAUCAUAGUGGAUUUUGGCAAAUAAGCGUUUUGACCGUUUUUGGGAUGUUUAACAGACCGACUUUUUUGGCGUUCGCAAUCGCUCCGAUACAUUUCUGGCUUUAUAGAGGAUUUCCGUUGAGAAAAAUCUCUUAUUAUACGGUGCAAUUGAGGUUUGCUUGGUUGCUUUCGGUAGCUGUACCUUUGGCAGCUGCGUUAGUCGUUGGAGAUACGAUUUAUUAUAAAAGAGAUAAAGCAUUGGAUAUGUUGACCAACGAUGGAUUAGGAAUGUGUUUGACUAGAUUCAUCGAAUGUUUGGAAAUCACUCCUUUGAAUUUUCUCAGAUAUAAUUUCUAUGCCGAGAACUUGGCUAAACAUGGAUUACAUCCUAGAUACUUACAUCUUCUGGUCAAUAUUCCGUUACUCUUCAAUGUCUUGGGAAUCAGCGUUUUGUACAUGAUUGCAUCUAUUUUUUUCAACAUUCUAAUACAUCGAAGAAUUUCCAAUUUACCGAAAUUCGACCACGUUAGCGGAUUAAUGUUCGGCUCGAUUAUCAUUCCUUUGGCUGUGCUUUCGUUAGCACCUCAUCAAGAACCUCGGUUCCUCAUUCCACUCAUCUUACCUAUGAUUUUCCUCAAAGGUAUGAAGAUGAAUAAUAAAGCCGAAGACAAGGAGUACUCGUUUAAGAGUUUAUUUGGCACGAAAUUCUCCAAAGUGAUGUUUUUCGUAUGGUGUGUUUGCAACUUUGGGGUGGUAUUCUUUUUUGGUUUCCUUCAUCAAGCUGGAAUUUUACCGUCGAUAAAUCACAUUACGAGUAUCAGACAGGAUAUCAAAGAUGCAGCUCCUAUUCAUGUCAUACCCAGCUAUACUUAUACUCUACCACAAACCUUACUCACAGCUACAAUCUACGAUGGACAGACCUGGAGACCAGGUCGAUCGAACGUUCUACUCUACCCUCCAUCAUCAUCGAAUUUCGACAUGUCGAUGAAAUUACUCGAAGCAGUCGUUCAAUCUGUGGAGCGUCACCCACCCCAUGACGAUUUCGUGUACUUUCUGUUUCCAACAUCUCUCACUACUAAUUUCACUAGUCAUGCUGUUCUUAAAAGACUGAAAGUAAAAUAUGUAAUCUCAUAUUACUACUUACUACAUGUUUCCACCGAGGCAUUCCCUCAGCUCGACGAGCUCGUGAACAAAAUAGGUUUGAACGCGGUACUACUUAGAUCUGUCAAGUUUAUUCGUAAUGAUCAAAAGGAUCCUUUUAGUGGAUAUUUUUCGCCUGAAGACAAUCCCAGUUUUAGUGAAUUAUUCAGUAAUUUCUAGUUUUCACUUUAGGCAACGUCUAGUCAUUAUAAUUUUUGUAAGAGGCUUGAGUGAAUUUGAGGACUAGGAGAUGUAUUUAUUUGUAAUCCUCGAACUGCGAGGGUUUAUUUUUUUGUUGUUGGUAUAUAUUGUAUGUUUAUUCUUUUUUUUCCCUUACGCUUUCGUCAUUUUUAUACGUCUUUGUAUGGUCAUCGAAUUUUGCUUGUUUGAAAAAAUAUUGUAAUAUAUUAAACGCAAUAAAUGUUUCCUUUUUGAA